UGACAACUUUUGGCCACUUUCUUAUGAUGAUUUCGUGUGGCGGAAAGCUGUUUAUCUAAUCUCAAAUGUGGUAAAUGACGUUUUCACGACUGAAAUGGGCGCAGAAAUUCUCAUAAAUACUUUUAUAGGGAUUUAAUUUGUCGUUUCGUUCAUGGAAUAAAGGUAUCGUGACAGUUAUGAACGAGUCGCUUCCUGUAUUCGGAAGCCAUUUCGGAGAGCAGCAGGAUAUUUCGACCUCGUCUAAAUCGUCGGAAGCCAGAAACAACUUUCUCUUGGACGUGAACAGCUCAGGUGACGAAAAUGUUUCUUUCAGAAGGUCAGAGAGCCUAUCACCAGGUGGAACCAGGAGGUACGGUAUGACAGAUUUUGGUGAUUUGGCUGGAGAGGAGACUGAUCUACUUGAACAAUUUGACCCACUUGUUUCCUCUCAAAGUAUAAGCUCAAGUUUGGCGGACGAAGACACUUCAAAUAUUACAAAGCGAUCCAUCCAAAGAUUAGACUCACGGGACAAAAUGGAACUACAUCGGGGUUCUGGACUAAUGUCCGGCCGUGUUAACGAAACAGAAUUGACAAGUUCAACAGUUGAUAGUUCAGAUGGUGUCUCUCAUAUACGGCUCGGUUAUGAUGCAAAUAACACGACUUUGGAGAGUAUCAUCACUACUAAACACCAUGAAAAUGCUGCAGUGAAGAGCGACACAGCAGAAGGAAAUACACCAGAAGUGAAACUUACAGGUUCAAUUCAUGAAGGUUUGAGUGCACUGAAUGACAACUUCCGUGAUAUUGCUCAGCAUCGAAUACUAUCAGUAGCUGGUGAUGAUAAAAGUGGCAGGCCUGUGAUUGUUUUCUCUGCAUGCAGAAUGCCACAAAUAUCCUCCAUUGAUCACACAAGGAUGUUCAGGUACUUGUUAUGCACUCUGGAUCAGUAUGUGGAGAAUGACUACACUAUUGUGUACUUCCAUUAUGGGUUGACAAGCAAGAACAAGCCAACGAUGUCAAAAGUGAUACAGCUUUACCGUGACCUAGACAGGAAGUACCGCAAGAACAUUAAAGCUCUUUUUGUGGUGCACCCAUCCAGCACUAUAAAGUUAAUAUGGGCAACCAUUGCCAAAAUCGCCAGUCCCAAGUUUUCAAGGAAGCUGUGUUAUGUGACUCGACUAGAAGAUCUUGCAGAAUAUGUACAUCUUGAUCAGAUCGAUGUCCCAGUGCAGGUUGCUGAGUAUGAUAAACAGAUUUCCAGCCAAGUGAGAAAUGGUUCCUCAAAACAACCAUCAGGAGUGUUUUAUGCAACUCCUGAUGAAAUACCUAAAACUCAGCAGUUUGGUGUUUCUUUGUCAUGGAUGAGAGAAAACAACAAUGGUGAGUGUAUCCCACCUGUUGUGUCUACAUCAGUGGAAUUUUUAAGAGAAACUGCACUUGAGGUUGAGGGCAUUUUCCGACGGUCUGGCAACAUAGCAAUUGUCAAAGACAUCACUCAAAUGUUCAACAAAGGUUUAUCAGUGCAUUAUAAAAACCCAGAGGACAUUCACUGUGCAGCAGUUAUUAUAAAGAGAUUCUUAAGAGAACUUCCAGAGCCGAUUCUAACCUUUAAACUCUAUGAUACAGUGAUUCAAAGCACCACAAUUCCCGAGGAAACCGAGAAGUUAAAGCAGAUGUGGCGAAUCUUACACCAUGAGCUAGCAGAAGAGAACUAUAUUUUGUUGAAAUUUCUCAUGCAGUUUUUAAAUGAGGUACAGGAACAUUCUGAUGUCAAUAAAAUGACAGCAAAGAACCUGGCUAUUGUGUUUGGGCCAAACUUGGUGUGGUCCAAAUCUCAGGCUGCUUCUCUUGAUGCCAUGGCACAGAUAAACUCAUUCACUCUUCUUAUGCUGGAAAAUGUUAGCUAUUUGUUUGAAACUAGCUGAUUUCCAGAACAUACGUGUAUUCCUGUCAGAGGUGUACAGUUAUCACAUAAUGAAGCGUCUAUACAUAGUCUAGUAGCAUUUUCCUGGAAGACCUGUCAUUCAUUCAGCAGCAUCAAGUUUGCAGACAGUUUAUAUAAGUAUUGGAUUGUUCUCAAAGGAACAGAUGCCUGUGGACCUUACCUCAAAGAGGCUGUAUGUCAGGAAAUGUGCUGCACCAAUUCCACCACAAGUGAAAACCAUAGAGUAUUGUUAUCACAUUUGAUAAAGGGUAGGGAAAGGGGAGGAGGACCAUAGGUAAGAGGAAAAAGUGUUAAUUUAUGAUAAUACAUCAGCCUGAUAUGGACCCAAUGCCAGAUGAGAGCUUAUGCAAGACUCCAACUCCUUUCCCAUGUAGAAAACCCUGUUCAAGUAGCUGUGUGAAAAAUAAUUUUGCAAAGGCAAUCGAAGGUCUCUUGCUCUGGUCAUAUUCAGUGAACUAAUAUAUUGACCAAGUGUCAAAUCAUUGAUAUUGGCCCUCAGUCAAAAUGAUUGUAUACAAGUCAAAACAACUGGAUCAAACAAACAAAUAAUAACAUUGUUCCAAGGGUAUGGCUUCUUCCUAUCUCCCUGAAGCUCUGGCCCUAUUUUUUUCUCCCUCUUCUUACAGCAAGAAGAGGAGAGAACUUGGAAACAAGGUUUGUAUACAACUCAAGACUUUUGGUAAAUAACUUGUCAAGCAACAACUUAUCUUUUGUUUCUCUUGUCUCUCUGACUAAGUAUCAGUGCACUACCAAAGACUGUUCUAGUAGAAACAAGAACAAGACAAACCAGGAGACAAAAAUUUGUUUGCUUAUUGUUUUUCAUGUUACACAGAAAGUUUGCCUGUAUGCCUCUCUUAUAUGUUCUCCACCCAGUACCCAUUUCUUGUAGUUUGCAUUCAAAGAUGUCAGACGAUAACCAUUUACCAUUCAAGUUGUAAAUGUUUGUAAGCGUUACCAAUUUUGUGUGAACAUAAAGAUGACAAAAUGGUUGUAAUGUUGAUAAACUAAAGAUAGUUUUUACAAAGGGCAGAGCGAGGUAUACAAAUGCCUUUGAAAGACCGUCACUGCUUAUUCCAAGUCUCCAAGUAUGAUAUAAAUAAUUUAUUUCCAUAGUUUAACAGCUUACUAGAAAAUAUUACUGAAAGAAAUUAAAAUAAAUACCCAGUCAGAGCUUAUAUAAAUUAAUUUUUUUUCAUAUGUUUUGCAAAUCUCCAAGUACGAUUUUCACCCUUUACUUGUUUAAACAGAAAAUAUUACAAACGAAAUUAAAUAAACAGGCAAAAAAACAAAA